CUCUUCUUCAAGGUUGUUCCGUCUUCGGUUUUAAGGGCGCGUCGUUGGAAUUACGAAAAACUGUGCGGCGAUGUCCACCAAGCGUCCUUCGUUCGCUCCUCAGAAAGGGCCUAGCUCGUUUAAAAAACCAAGAGGUAACCAUGAUGAUGCCCCAGAGCCUUCAAAGUUCGAGCAGGAACUUAUGUUGUUGGAUGAUAUUGAAACUGAAGAUAUAGCUUUGGUGGACGAAAGUUCUGCUUUGUCUCAUCUGGACGUUCAAACAAAUUCGCAUUGGCCAAGACGUAAAUUAGAGAAGUUGGAUCCAAAUAAAGAUAAUAUUACUUUCCAGCAGUUCGAUGUCUCACACUAUAAAGGUGAACAUUUACCUGGUAUGCCUGGUGCUACUCAAAGUCCUGUACCAAUAAUACGUUUGUUUGGUAUAACUGAAAAAGGUCAUAGUGUAUGCGCACAUGUACAUGGUUUUCUACCAUAUUUCUAUGUACCAGCACCGAAAGAUUUUUCAACGGAUCAUUUAAGUGCUUUUCGGGAAGCCUUAAAUUCUAUGUUAUUAAAAGAGAAAUCAAAAGAAUUUGAAGGAUUACAACACCUUGUACUUAGAGUUACAUGUGAAGAGAAACAAAAUAUAUAUGGUUUUCAUGGAAAUCGUAGUCUACCAUUUCUUCGUAUUACUUUGGCAUUGCCACGUUUAAUUGCACCAGCUAAACGUAUAUUAGAUAAUGGUUUAUCAUUUGCUGAUUAUUCAUUACAGUCAUAUCCUGCUUUUGAAGCGAAUAUUGACUUUGAAAUACGUUUCAUGACUGAUACACAAAUGACUGGAUGUAGUUGGGUUGAAGCACCAGCACAAAAAUAUCAUUUAAGAGAUUCUACACAGAAAUUGGAUGAUAUGAAAAAAUCUAUAAAUCAAAAAUCAAAUCAUUCUGUUAAUUCUUCAAUGAUCUCUACUACGAAUGGUUGUAAUGGUGUUUCACAAAAUGGUGUUAAUGAUCAAUCGACAUUGUUAACUAAUCAAACAAGAUGUCAAAUUGAAUUUGAUAUAGCAUGGGAUGCUUUGAUUGUUCAUUCACCUGAAGGUCAAUGGAGUAAUAUCGCACCAUUACGUAUACUAAGUUUUGAUAUUGAAUGUGCCAGUCGUAAAGGUGUAUUCCCUGUACCUGAUAAAGAUCCAGUUAUACAGAUUGCUAAUAUGGUUAUUAACUAUGGUGAAACAACGCCAUUUAUACGUAAUGUAUUCACAUUGAAUACAUGUGCACCAAUUGUUGGUUCACAAGUUAUUAGCCAUCAAACGGAAAAAGAACUGUUAGCUAAAUGGUCAGCGUUUGUGCGUGAAGUUGAUCCAGAUAUAAUCACUGGUUAUAAUAUUCAAAAUUUCGAUCUACCUUAUCUUAUUAAUCGUGCUAACACGUUAAAAGUUGAUGGUUUUGAAUUUCUUGGUCGUAUACGUGGUGCACGUUCUACAAUAAGGGAAGCUAUGACUCAAUCAAAACAAAUGGGUCGUAGAGAGAACAAAUUUGUAAAUAUUGAUGGGCGUGUACAAUUCGAUUUAUUACAGAUAUUAUUUCGUGAUUAUAAACUUCGAAGUUAUACAUUGAAUGCAGUGAGUUAUCAUUUUCUUGAAGAGCAAAAAGAAGAUGUACAUCAUAAUGUUAUUACGGAUUUACAAAAUGGUGAUGCUCAAACACGAAGACGUUUGGCUGUUUAUUGUUUAAAAGAUGCUUAUUUACCAUUACGUUUAUUAGAUAAAUUGAUGUGUAUUGUAAAUAAUAUUGAAAUGGCUCGUGUAACUGGUGUACCAUUAACAUACCUGCUUACCCGAGGUCAACAAGUCAAGGUUGUGUCUCAAUUAUUGCGUAAAGCCCAUGAACAUGGUUAUUUAUUGCCAACAUAUCAAUCGCAACAAGGUGAUGAAUUCGUCGGUGCAACAGUACUGGAACCACGCAAAGGUUUUUAUAAUGAACCGAUAGCUACAUUAGAUUUUGCUAGUCUAUAUCCAAGUAUAAUGAUGGCUCAUAAUCUAUGUUAUACAACUUUGUUACAAGUGAAUACAACACCACAUGGUUCGACGGGCGGUGGUAUUCAAGCACUUGUUCAACGUUAUAAUUUAACUGAUGAAGAUUAUAUUAAAACACCGACUGGAGCGUAUUUUGUUAAAUCACAUAUCUGUCAUGGUAUUUUACCGGAAAUUUUACAACAGCUUUUAAGUGCCCGAAAAAAAGCCAAAGCUGAACUUGCUAAAGAAACUGAUCCAUUACGUAAGCGUGUUUUAGAUGGACGUCAAUUAGCAUUAAAAAUUAGUGCUAAUUCUGUUUAUGGAUUCACUGGUGCACAAGUUGGUAAAUUACCUUGUUUAGAAAUAUCCGCUUCGGUUACAUCAUUUGGACGUUUAAUGAUUGAACAAACAAAAUUACAUGUUGAAAAAAAAUUCACUAUUGCUAAUGGUUAUAAACAUGAUGCUGUGGUUAUUUAUGGUGAUACAGAUUCAGUGAUGUGUAAAUUUGGUGUAUCCACAGUAACAGAAGCUAUGGAAUUAGGUCGUCAAGCUGCUGAAAUUAUAUCUGAAGAAUUUCCUAAACCAAUUCGAUUAGAAUUUGAAAAGGUGUAUUGUCCAUAUUUACUGAUCAAUAAAAAACGUUAUGCUGGUUUAUAUUUUACAAAACCAGAUCGACAUGAUAAAAUGGAUUGUAAAGGUAUUGAAACUGUACGUCGUGAUAAUAGUCCAUUAGUGGCUAAUUUAAUCAAUGCAUGUUUAGAACGUAUAUUGAUUGAUCGUGAUCCAAACGCAGCGAUUAGUUAUGCUCAAUCAGUGAUCUCAGAUUUAUUAUGCAAUCGUAUUGAUAUUUCACAAUUAGUUAUUAGUAAAGAAUUAACAAAAACCGAUGAAGAAUACACUGGUAAACAAGCUCAUGUAGAAUUAGCUGCAAAAAUGCGUAAACGUGAUCCAGGUUCAGCGCCAAAUUUAGGUGAUCGUGUACCUUAUGUAAUUACUGCUGUAGGUGGAAAAAAUACAGCAGCUUAUGCAAAAGCUGAAGAUCCUCUUUAUGUAUUAGAGCAUAAUGUACCGAUUGAUACAAAGUAUUAUUUAGAAAAUCAAUUAGCUAACCCUUUACUACGUAUAUUUGAACCAAUUUUAGGUGAAGUGAAAGCAAAAUCUGUACUGUUAAAUGGCGAACAUACACGUGUAAAAGCUGUGGUACACUCUACCGUUGGACAAUUAUCAGCUUUUACAAAAAUACGUGCAUCAUGUAUUGGAUGUAGAACAUUAUUACCGGCUGAUAAAACAGAUUCAGCUUUAUGUAAAUAUUGUGAAUCACGUGCAUCAGAAAUAUAUCAAAAAGAGAUUGUACAGUUAAAUCUAUUAGAAAAGAAAUUCACUUCUUUAUGGACAGAAUGUCAACGUUGUCAACAAAGUAUACAUGAAGAAGUUAUAUGUACCAGGUAGAUUUAUUAUUAUUACUUUGAGUUAUAUUCAUUGUAUGAUGUAGACUAGGAAUUCAACGAUCUUGACGUACCGCCUAGAUUAAUGAUAAUGCGCUCACUAAUAACUCGUACACAGAGUUGUAGUGCGAAACUAUUGAAUGAGGUUCGACAGGUAUCAGUGAUAACAAUGAAUGAUGAUCUCACAAUAUCGCGAACUGACUGAGGUUACAAAUUUAAAUUUAGUGGUCUGGUGAUCCUAAAUGUGACUCCUAAUGACGUUUCCCAAAUACAUACAUUUGACGAAACGGUUGUAAAGCGCUUCCUAGUUUUUAACGGUACCCUAACUGCAGUCAGUGAGUGGCGUCAGUUACAAACAAUAAUGUUAAUUUAGUCUUGAAUAUAUGUGGUAAGUCCUACAGAAAGAGACUACUGCACACAGUUUAACAUUUUCCCCUGUAUCUAUUGAAUGGUUUGUGUUAGCAUAUUAUUUCGUUGGUUCUACUUUUCAUUAUUUGCAUUCGUACAUUGGCUACAACCACUUUGAUAUACCUCCCGAAAAUUGGAUACAAUAUGUAGAUUCUAUCUUAUUUUAAACUUGCAAGCUGCACUUAUCUUAGUGUUUCCUUGUUACAAUUGAUAGAAAAACCAUUCGUUGUACAUAGCGUCAUCUAUCUCCCAGUAUUCACCACGAAUCACUAUCCAAAUAGCUUAGUCGUUUCAUACUUAUCUAUUUUUGCUUUCAUUCGAAUGUAUCGUUCCUCAUUACACUUUUCUCUUUCCUUGUCUUCAUUGUACCGUAUAUUGAAAACUGCUGACUAGAGUGUCAUCCGGUUCUGUUAACAUCCAAAACAUCACAUUCAAAACCUUUAUUUAGGUGAAUUACAUUUACCGUGCAGUCUAGAAUCAACUUGUAUUGCUGAACACAAAACAAGGUGCAAAUGAAUGAAUAAUGUCUUGCUUCUAUUUGUUACUGACGAUACCUUCGGAUUUAACAGUCGUUUAGCCGCACUGGCUAUUUCCGCUAUAGUCCAACAGCUGUAGCUGAUGAAUGCGGUACUACAAGGCACCAAUCGUCCAUUUGCAUCUUAUGUAUUCUUUAAUGCAAGUUAAUUCUAGGCUGUUUCCUCGUGCUUCCCUUCUGGUCUUCAUAUUAUACUAUAUAUGCAAUAAUUUCUAUCCUUCUGAGAAUUUUCUUUUCGGUUGUUGACUGUGGCAACUUCCACAUGAUGCUCUUCAACAUACUACAUAUAAUCAAUCUUAUGAGUAGCAUUCACCACAGUAGUAAUACAUAUAUUAAUUAAUUACUAAUGUUAACAUAAUUUCUGUACAUUUCAGUCGAGAUUGUCCAAUUUUCUAUAUGCGAAUGAAAUCACGUAAAGAUGUAGAUGAAGCUUAUAAAACAAUUCAACGUUUUGGCAAUCCUAAUUGGUAAAACUCAUAUUGAUUGAACUAAUAGUCUAUUAUAAAGAAAUAAAUAAAACAAUAACAAUAUUCUUUAAUAUCAUUUGAUCAGUAAUUAUGCAUUUUAUCUCAGGUUUUGUUUGGUUACCUUAUUCCAGAGUUCAGAUUUAUUAUUAUUCUAUCCUAAAUAUUUUUUUAUUAUUUUGAAAAGUGCAUUUCUGAAUUAUUGUACUUCAUGUUUAAAUUGUUCAACAUGUUUUUCUUUUGAUUGGAGUACAAUUUGUUUCUUUUUCGGAUAUCUAUUUGUAAGAAUUAGAUAAUUAUAAAUGCCUUAUUUUCUAAGCUAAUCACUAGAUGAUUGAAUACAGCCAAAGUUGGGACAAGUAGGUGAUUUGGCUUAAUAAACUUUAUGUUUUGAAUAGUUACUAGAUGACGAAAAAUAAUGAGGCAACAGAACUUUGUAAGAUUCUAACUGGCAAAUAAACGAAAUGUAGCUACAUAAGGGUCAAAGCGAGCCAAUUUAGUAGUGGGCAUUAAGUGCUAGCAUUGGUGGAUUCAUUUAUCAAUCACAGCCAAAAUUUGUACUAACUGCCAAUACUUUCGAUACUAAUUCUGGAUCCAAGCAAAAAACAUUCCGGUCUUUAUUUGUCUAGAUUUAGCUACUUUUAUAUAGCACAAUCGAAUGAGUGAGUCCAAUAAAUUAUUUGCAACCUCUAGACUACUUCUCUACCUCAUUGCUCGUUCUAACCAUUCACUACCAAAAAAUCAGUGCCUUUGAAAUGAAUACCAAAAUGUUAUCAGAAUUCGACCAAUUCAGGCCAUAUUUGUAACAAUGAUUAGAGAUUUCACUGGAAAGAUAU